AUGGAGAACCAAUACGGCAUAGUUGUUUCUAACAAGUAUGCGCUUUUCCUUAACGAAAAUGAUGAUCCGAUGGACAUCAUUCGUCAGCAGGCCGAAGCCAAAGUAAAAAAGAAAGAGACUGUUAAAAAAGAAGUUGACAAGACUAAAACAGCAAAGAUAAAAUCUAACAAGAAGUCAGUUGCUCCCAGCCAGCAAGAAUCCAAGUCCAAAACCCCAGAACAAUCUUCUCAACGGAGAGAUGCCGUAGAGAACAACCGGAGAGAAGGGGCCCCACGUGGUCAGGGGAGAGGACGAGGGAGAGGAGGCUUUCGGUCUGUCAGAGAGCCUGAAUCCAGAGAUUCCAAUGAAUUCGGCGAAAAUGAAACAGAUCGGCGACCUCCACGGCGAAGAGAAGAAUUCUCUUCAGAAUACCGGUCCGAGGGUUUUGGUCGUUCUGGAGGCUUUGGUCGUUCUGAAAGUGGUUUUGGCAAAUCUGAAGGUGGUGGUAGUGGUGGUGGCAGCGGUUUUGGUGGCCGUUCAGAAGGCUUGGGAUUCAAUCGCAAUUCUGAAGAGGGCAAUUUUGGCCGUUCCGAAGGCUUCAGAGGAAGAGGUCCACGUCGAGGUGGCCGAGGCGGACGAGGUCGUGGUGGCCCUGGUGGUCAAGGUUUCGGAGACCGAGGUGGCAAACGGGAAUUUGAACGACAUAGUGGCAGCGAUAAAACUGGAGUGAAGGCAGUGGACAAGAGGGAAGGUGGUGGCUCCCACAAUUGGGGAACAGUAAAAGAUGACAUGGAAGAGCAAAUGAAGGAAACUGAGAAUCCCGACUGGAGUACCCAAGUUGAAGAUGCUGAAAACCAAGAUCCAAAUGAGAGUGUUGCCGUGGAAACUAGUGAGGCCAACCCUGAAGUGCCUGAGGAGGAAACCGUUGUCAAACAAAUGACGCUUGAUGAGUGGAAGGCCAUGGAGAAAAAGAAUCGCUUCAAAGUAGAGUUCAAUAUCCGCAAACCGAAUGAAGGUGUUGAUGAAAGUCAAUGGAAGAAAACCUACAUUUUGAAGAAGCACCGUGAGAAUGAAAAUGAGGACGAAGAGGAGGAAGAGGAAGAAGAUGAGGGUUAUGAAGAUGAACCACGUCGUACAAAGAACAUCCUUCAUAACAUCAAGAUUACGUUCAAUGAUUCUCCCCGUCGUGGACGUGGAGGCGGUCGCCGUGGACGUGGAGGCAGUGGAGGUGAAGGUAGAGGUGGCAUUGAAGGUUCUGGAGGACGUGGACGUGAGGGUGGUGGCGGCGGCGGUGGUGGCGGCGGCGGCCGUGGAGGAUCCCGUGCAGUCAGCCAGCGGGCAGACAAGAAAGGACCACUACUGCAUGAAGUUGGGUCUGGCAGCAGCUCUCUUCUCCUUCCUCCUGAACAGUCCACACAGUCCCCCCUCUUUUUUCUCUUCUUUUCCACCUUGUCAGCCGCUGCUGAUGACUUGUGA